AUGGUUGAAGUCGCGCACCCACUUGGUGUACACCCUUAUUUAGAUACCCUAUUGGCCGAUUCUCGCCAGAUACCGUUCGCCGAUCCUGCAUCUGGUGAUCGAGUGGAAGGCCUUCCCCCCGCUUACCCCACUGCUUCUUGGGCGCCAAACUUGACUACCGCGCCAGCAUACACCACUCAACCGAGUCCUACUGAGCGCAUUAUUUCCCGCACCAAUUCAACUGGAAAUUCUAUUCGGGCCGGGUCUCGCUCGGAUCCGCGCCCUCUUCCUGAAGAGUUUAUAAAUAAAUCGUCGCGACUAACCCUCGACCUUGGACGGCGAGUAUGGCCAUCUAGGUGGCCGGUCUAUGGUACCAAUUCAACUGUUUCUGGCAAAGUGUUAGUAAAGAAAGCUGACCAUGGAAUCAAUAUUAUUGUUAAUCUUGAAGGUCUGUGCACAACGACACUGGUGGAAAGAGGAAUGCCUAUAGCGCAGUCCCAGACAAUACUGACCAAUCAGUCGCUUGAGUUGUGGAGCUGCACGUCAGGCGCCCCUCCAAAACCCUCAUACGAGUUCGAUUUUCCUUUACCCACUUAUUCUAAAGGCAGCACGAACCCACUCCCUCCAUCAUGCUAUCAUUCUAUUCUCAUGAGGGGGUAUGUGGAAAUCAAAUACUAUGUGAAGGUAGAUAUGACCCGAACCCGAUUCCAUCGGCAUGAGACAAUCUUAACAAAUAUUCACUAUUUACCUCGGUCGUACUCGCUCCCGAUCGAUAUAUUGGAUCAAACGCUGGAUGCAGCCACUCCAGCGAUUGAUGCUUUAUGGGUGACAACAGAGCUCUCGCCUGCUUCCAACGAGUCCGGCCGCAGGCACGCCGCGGUUGAUACAUCCAGGCACAUUUCCGCCCAAUUUUCCCUUUUCAAACGGCCCGUUUACAGCCCCUGCAUCCCAAUUCCUUUCAAACUCACCCUUCGAUCUUCAUCACCUGCUCUGGUGCUGCUUCCUCACGUAAACAUACAACUUAUCAAGCGCUGGGUGCUCGUCUCAGAUUCAUCCAUUAAGUGUGUGCAUAAGGAGGCGGUGCUAGGCAGCGGUGAGAUUUGGCGCGUUGAAGAAAUAGAGGAUGGGAAGGAUUGUGCAAAGGUUGUGAGUGGAUGCUUGGUUGGAGGGAAACCAGAGGCAGAGUUCUCGUGGUGUGUAAAGGGAACCUUCAAGGUUGAAUACUUGGUUCGAGUAUCUAUCAAGCCACCCGAGGAUAUGCACUUCUUAGGGAGUUCGUUACCCAUCCUCUUUCAUCAAGAAAUUGUGCGAAUGGCUACUCACGAAUACACGAGUAAUGAACUUGUUCGGGGGCACCCUUGCCUUGCACUAGCCCCAAGGUCCGUUUGGUAG